CGACGCCGAGUCGAUCAGCGGGUACGGCGUAAACGGAUAAACGGCGUUCGCAGGACGUGCGCGUUUCGCGUUAGUGAUGAUCAAAACGGACCGUCGACCACGCCGUGAUCGCUCGUGGCACGACAGCACGCAGACGAGACAGCCGUGAUCCGCGUUACGUGCCCCGUGUUACGAGUCGCGAGGCAGAGGGAAGAUCGAGAACCCGCGUCGUCGUCGCGCUCCGCCGCAGCGGUCACGGAUGCAUAUGGAGGUGUCCCCGAACCGGCGCUGUCUGAACCAGCUCAACAGCUGAUCGGAGCACGAAGCGGUGGUGAACGGGGCUACUAUCGCACCACCACCCCGCGUUUCGGAGAAAUUCAGUCUCGUGUCAUCUAGGUAAAAAAUAAAAAAAAAAAGUCUCGUAAAUCUCUUGGCGAAGAAAGAGAUCUUAUUCUUCACCUGACACGAGAAGAAUAGCAGCAAGGGCGAAGUGUGUUUUCGCUCGCUUGGACACGCCAUCAUGGUGAAAACUUUUCAAGCGUACCUACCUUCCUGUCACCGCACUUACUCGUGCAUUCACUGCCGUGCUCAUCUCGCCAAUCACGACGAACUCAUCUCUAAGUCCUUCCAGGGCAGUCAAGGUCGUGCCUAUCUCUUUAAUUCUGUGGUGAACGUAGGUUGCGGCCCCGCGGAGGAGCGAGUUCUGUUAACUGGAUUGCACGCUGUCGCUGAUAUCUAUUGCGAGUGCUGCAAAACCACUUUAGGAUGGAAAUAUGAGCAUGCGUUUGAGUCAAGUCAGAAAUAUAAGGAAGGAAAAUUUAUAAUCGAACUUGCCCAUAUGAUUAAGGAGAAUGGAUGGGAAUGAAAAGCAGAGGGGAAUAGAAGAAUUCCCUGUGCCUCUCAUCAAACUUUUCCUGAUGACGCCUACAACGUUGUUCUAAUUGCAAUGUACGGCCCCUCUCUAUUCGAACCACCAACGAAAGUCUGUGAUUUCAUUUGUGAUUUAUAAUCUUAGUAAUCUUCGUUUCGGACAAUUCAAACACAACAUCGGUUUGCUUCUGAUCAAAUCGAGCAAGCAAAGGUAUCACGGCGAUCUGUAUUCGUCGAUGGACACAUCACCAAGUAUUGUAAAGAAAUUAUUUUUCAAUGGAAGAAAAAAGUAGAGUAAGAUGACAAUGUCAAAUAAUGGUGGAACAUGACGAUGAAGGUGCCAUGGUGGAAAUAGAAAAGCGAGAUUGCUCGGUACGAGCAGUGGGGUGCCCCCCCCUCCCUAAUUUUGAUUCAUUAUCUUUGUAGACAUUGCGUGCAGUCGUGUGUCGACACUGAAUGUUAAAAAUUAAACGUGCGGGGCACCCCGACAAUCAGUUUUAUCUGUUUUACGCACCGGAACAGCGGAAGUGCUACAGACUUUGCUGGACUGAUUGCCUGCCUGCCGCGUCUGUCAUUGGAAUUUCACUGCCGAUAUUCCUAAUAUUAAUUAAGAAUGCUACGCCGUAUUUAGACGGCGUAGUGGUAGUCCUAGUUUAGCAUACAUUAUAGAGUACUAAAGCCUAUGUUACAUAAUUAUAGGACUUUAUGGAUGUAGAAAAUAGGAAUGAAUAAGAAUAAUGAAGACAAGAAGAGAAGAAGAAGAAAGGAAAAGAGAAUUU